AAUACUGGGUGAAGCGAAUGUCAGAAUUGACUUUUAUAAAUAAAGUUAUUGAAGGGAUCUGUCACGUGACGUCCUUGCCAGCUUCAUCUUUCUGCUAUUGGUUUGGAGCUAGCAUGCUGCAGCCUCUCUGAGCUAUGGCUGAAAAGGUUGGGGAAGUUGAAUUGCGCCUCUCACAGGCUAGCUCUUUUAAGUCUCAGGGUAACACAUGUUAUUCAGAGCGCCGUGUGCGGGAAGCAGUCAGUCUCUAUCACCGCGCUCUCCUUCAGCUCCGUGGCCUAGAUCCCAGUCUCCAAUCUCCACUAGCUGGACUGGGGCCUGCUCCUGUCAAACUUACUCCACAACAGAAUGAGGUUUUUCAAGCCUUACAGGCAGAUUGCUAUAACAAUCUGGCAGCUUGUCUCCUGCAGUCUCAGCCACCAAAGUACCAGCGUGUAUUCGAGUGCAGCAAAAAGGUUCUCGAGCUGCAGCCUCAUAAUGUUAAAGCAUUAUACAGGGCUGGGGUUUCUUGCUAUCACCUCAAGGAUUACACCCAAGCACACAGCUAUUUAUCAAAGGCUGCUUCACAAAACCCCAAAGAUACAAACAUUAGACAUUACCUCCAGCUAACAAAUUCAGCCCUAAGUAUAUCCAGAGAAAAAGAGAAAAUGAAGUAUCAAGGCAUGUUUGGAUAACUUUUUUUUUUUGUUUGUUUGUAUUCAUUGAUGCAUUAUUGUUACUAAUGCAAACCAUAAAUAAAUCUGUAUUUUUUUCUUUAAAAUGUGAUUUUGUACAGUUACUGGAAGAUUAAGCUGAUAGAAGAACACAUGAGACCGAUUUGCCAGGAGAUAAAAUGGUAUAGUUCAGAAAUGCUGUGCAUCCAGUAUGUUAAACAGAACCGUGCUGGACUGCAUAUUUCAGAAUAGAAAGGUACAUUUACUAAAACCGGGCAGGGACCAGUCACAGAGUGAGAUCAGAU